AUUGCAGAGCUUAUCCGCGGUAUUAGGCAGAAUCGUGGACCCGCAUGGCUCAUAAAUACAGCACCAUGGGUAAACCUCUGUGUGGGAUGACCAGCGUGAGAUUCGAUGCUGAUGAGAUUAAACGGCUGGGAAAGAGGUUUAAGAAACUCGACCUGGAUAAUUCAGGAUCUCUGAGCGUGGAGGAGUUCAUGUCCUUGCCCGAGUUGCAGCAGAAUCCGCUGGUGCAGAGAGUCAUCGACAUAUUCGACACCGACGGGAACGGAGAGGUGGAUUUCAAAGAGUUCAUCGAAGGCGUCUCUCAGUUCAGUGUGAAGGGAGAUAAAGAGAUGAAACUGCGCUUCGCCUUUAGGAUCUACGACAUGGACAAAGACGGCUAUAUUUCCAACGGCGAGCUGUUCCAGGUGCUGAAGAUGAUGGUGGGCAACAACCUGAAGGACACGCAACUGCAGCAGAUCGUGGAUAAAACCAUCAUCAACGCAGACAAAGACGGAGACGGGAGAAUAUCCUUCGAGGAGUUCUGCGCCGUUGUUGGAGGUCUGGAUAUACACAAGAAGAUGGUUGUGGACGUGUGAUGGAGCUGCUCUCCAUCUGAUCCGCUUUCCUCUCUGGAUAUCCAGCAAAUGCUCUCUGUGUGUUUCAAUGGAAGUAUUUAAGCCACUUUUGUCAACUAGAAGCCAGUGUGUGUGUGCGCGAGUGUGUGUGCGUGAGUAUGUGUGUGUGUGUGUGUUAUUGAGCUGCUCAAUAACCUGCUGGCGGACACUGAACGAGCAUCUCAGCUGAGGAGGAAACCAUAUUUAUUUAGUUUUAUUUUUUAAUGCUUUUGUUUGUUUGUUUUUUUACAAUUAAUUUAAUCUUUUGAAGAAGAAGAAGAAGAAAAAAUAUUAAGUAUGAUAUCUAUAAGUAUAUAUAUAUAUAAGGUAUGACGUGUGCCAAGCAGAACAUACAGAACAAACACACAAACAAAAAGCUUCUCUUCAACUGCAUGACGAAACCGAGCGUCUGUCUGUUUGACUUUGUGAUAUACACUAUUUCUAUUAUUCUAGCAUCUAACCAUGUUUAAUACCUGUUCUUUUGUAUUAAUGGUGAUCAUGUAUAAAUGUUUAUAUUGAAAGUGCAUCUUCUGUCAUUGAGACGGUGUUGUAGAAUGUUAAUUAACAAGACAACAAUUCGGUUCACGCUUCACGUUAAUCCCAGAUGCAGCAGCCGACGCGCAUAAUUAGUUCUAAUGCAUGUGCGAAUGUCAAAGCAAAUCUGCGCUGAAAGUUUGCUUGUUUUUAAAUAUUUAGCAGGUAUCUAUGGUACUUUGGGUGCGUUUCCAUCCUAAGAUGCGAAUUUGAUUAAUGCGCAAACUGCAAUAUUGCAUUAAACGUUCGAGGAUGAAGCAGCGUUUCCAUUCUGACUGUAGUUUGAUGUGUUUGUUCUCCUCUAAUAAAUGAGCUGCGCUGCAGAAGACGAAAUGCAAUGAGCGCGGUGGCUUUUGGAGGCGUGAGACAGGAGUGCAGACAGAUGCUCAAGACAGUUCUGGAGGAUAUAGUAACAGAAGACGAAUGAUACUGAAGCACUGUGGUGGCCUUUGUAAUCAGCACAACAACAUUUUUAGAUCGUUUACAAUAUAAAGCUGGAAACAUGGAGAGCUGCAGACCAGCACUGAUGACGCAAACACCCUCACACACACAUUUACACUUGUAAAAUCAUCCAAAUGCGCAGACUUUAUUCACUGAAUGUGUUUAUAUUGUAGUUUAUGUGCAUUGUUCUUAUUAGAAAUAAAGUUAAUCCUACUUAAAUGUGCACAUGGGUUUUUUUUAUGCGCAUCUUUGUGUAUUUUGUAAAUUGAUAUUCUAAAAUGCGCAUAAAAACAGGAUUAAAACACAGCUUCUGAUUUUAAUAUCAUUUUAAAAAGCCAACGUCGUGAAAGUCUUGAAAUUAUCCUGUGUAACACACUGAGUUUUCCAUUGGCCUGUGUUAAUUACUCAGGUUAAAGUAACGUAUUGCAUGAGAAAUGAGUGAUGGAAAGGCAAAGUUUUGAAUAAUAAUCCCUUAAUUUUGCUUUUUUGAAGUGCUCUGGACGUAAUGCGAGGUUAAUGCGAACACAUUUGCCUACCAAACUCGUGACGUGACUACAUUAUGCUUGCCUUGUUUACUGUUGGUUGCUAGGCUACCAAUACUACAGUCAGCCACUCUUGUUGGAAACGCACGCAAUUACCAUUUAGGAUUAUUAUUUGCGAAUUUUAAAAAGAUCUGCUUCACUUUAGGAGGGAAACCCAGCUAUUGAUUAUCAUAUAAAUGUAGAAUUCAGGGUGUUUAGUGACACCGGUGGCCGUUCUGUGAACUGCAGCAGCAUGUUGUUGCUCGAAAUUACCGACUGGAAAUUGCUUGCUUGAUGUGGACUUGGUUUUUUUUUACAACUUGAUGUAAUGCACGUAAUUCGCAUUAUGUAUUAUUAUUUGCAACCUUUACAAAGUUUUGCUUCACUUUAGGAUGGAAACGCAGCUAUUGAGUACCGUAUGAAAGAUUAAUGUAGAAUUUAGAAUGUUUUUAGUGACACCGGUGGCCGUUCUGUGAACUGCAGCAGCAUCUUAUUGCUCACAAUUACAGAUGGAAAAUUGCUUGCUUGAGGUGGUUUUGGAUUUGGUUAAACAAAGGUUAAUGCGAAGACAUUUGCCGAAUAAAUGCGUGACGUGACUACAUUAUGCUUGCCUUGUUUACCAUUGGUUGCUAGGCUACCAAUACUACAGUCAGCCACUCUAACUUGUUGAAAAUACACGUCAUUCCAAUUUAGGAUUAUAACUUGUGAAUUUUAAAUAGAUUUGCUUUACUUUAGGAUGGAAACCCACCUAUUGAUUACCGUAUAAAAUAUUAAUGUAGAAUUCAGAAUGUUUUAGUGACACCGGAGGCCGUUCUGUGAACUGCAGCAGCAUCUUUUUGCUCACAGUUACGGAUUUUUAGAUGGAAAAUUAAUAGUAAAUUACCGUAAAGAGAUCAUGUUUGAUCAGGCUCUUUAAAAAAAUGAAAUACUAGAAUCUUUGUUUCGUCUGUUUUUCGAAAUGCUUGAUGGAAACGCAUGUAAUUUAAGAUUAAUUUAAGAUUAUUGUUUUUGCUUCACUUUAGGAUGGAAACCCAGCUAUUAAGUACCGUAUAAAUGAUUAAUGUAUAAAUUAAUGCGUUUUAGUGACAUCGGUGGCCGUUCUGUGAACUGCAGUAGCAUUUUAUUGCAUGCAAUUACAGACGGAAAAUUACUGGUAAUUUACUGUAAAGAAAUUAAUUACAGAAAAUACAGCAAUUUUACGAAAUGCAAAGUAAAUUGAUUAAAUUUUGUGCAUAUUUUGAAUAUAUUUGGUAACACGUUAAUAAUUAGAAGAUUACAUUAGCUGAUUUUAGUUUAAAAACAAUGAACUAUACAUUUAUUACAGUAUUUACACAUCUUUGGUAACGUUAAUCAAAAUAAAGUCGUUCUUAGUUAACCAAGUAGUUAAUUAACUUACAGUGCAUUGAAUAAUGUUAGUAAGCACAACUUUGGAUUUUAUGAGUGCAUUAGUAAAUGUUGAACUAUGAUUAAUAAAUGCUGUGCUAGUAUGUUCAUGUUAGAAAAUACAUACUAUUACUAACGGAGCCCGAUAACCGUAUAUCAUAACAUUUGGCAUAUAACUGAUUCCUUAACAAACCUCUACUUGUUCAAACGUUGAUCUCAAAAAUAAUCCUGUGAUCUUUCUUUCAGCUGAAAAUGUUUUGCUUUGACAUUUAAUGUGUGUGAAGUAUCUAAGCUGAGAUCCUCUAUAUCCAUGGUUUCAUCUCCGUCUUUUGUAUAGUCAAAUAUAACAGCAGCAGAUACUCUUGUGCUUUAAUAACCGUAUGUAUUACAGUUUAUUCAACACACACAAGCUUUAAAACAGCCAAAAGCUUGUAAAAUGGGUUCAGUGAAAUGUUCUUCAACAAGACUAGAGGUUCAAGUCAGGAAUGCAUUUACUCUGAAUGUUUACAUGCAUGACUGGAGCAACCAAAUCUCAGCCCUCUUUAACCCAGUUAUUCUGGCUUCUGCUGUGCUUGCUUUAACUUCUGCAUGUUUCACCUCUGCUUGAUGUGAAAUUUAUAUCCGACGGCAAAAGAACCACAAAAUGCAUUACUUGUGUUGCCAAAUUGCAAAUGCAUUUAUAUUAUUGUCAGAUAAUUAUGUUUGAUUAAGAGGCCUGUACCAUGAUGGAGGCUCAACAAACUCAGGGUUACAGGAUCAGUUUUUGUUAACCAUACCGGUGGAGUCAGGCUUUGUUGUUAGUGUGAUGAUGCAUUGCAGGGCAUCAACUUUGUUAGCUCAGGCUUUGAUCCUGAGUUCAUGAAGGCGGGGAAUCAGUAGCUAACAGCCAAUCACAGACCUCAAAACAUAAAGAUGCUGUAAUUGAGUUAAAGUGUAGUCUGCACAAUUUAUAGGCUAAGAUUAAAAAAAUUGCUAAUUAAUGACGUUAAGGUAAUAUGUACAGUUGAUAAUGCGUAUUGUGUAGGUUUACAGAAACUCUAAAAUUUAAGCUCAUGAAACUUUUAUCAAAGCUUAAUCUGAUGAUUAAAAAAUAAAGCUUUAAAAUUUCAGAUGCAUAUCUGUACAUUUAUAUACAAUUAGACUAAAUGGUUAAGACUAUAAUAAAUAUAUAAAUCAUCUAAUAUAUUUAAAUUCAUUUCAUCUAGGUUUCACUAUUAAGUGACUUAAUUUAACACAAGAGAAAGUAAAGGCUUGUCUUUGUCAUUGAUUAGUGAUCUCUAAACCAGAACUGAACUCACCUGAACUUAGCCUCAACAUAACCAGAACAAGGCCAGAACUUAUCCUACACAUAGCCCAAACUUAACCUUAACAUAACCAAAACAUGGCCAGUACUUAUCCUGAACAUAGCUUCUAAUUUACCUGAACAUAACCAGAACAUAGCCAGAACUUAUCCUGAACAUAACCUCAACUUAAGCUAAACAUGACUAGAACUUAUCCUAAACAUAGCCUCAACUUAUGCAGAACAUGGACAGAAAGUCCACCUGAACAUAACCAGAACAUGACCUGAACGUAGCCUCAGCAUAUCCAAAACUUAACCUGAACAUAGAAUAAACUUAUCCUAAACAUAGCCAGAACUUUUCCUGAACAUAACAACUAGAGCUGGUUAGCCAUGCAGCGCAAGUUACCAUGGCAACAAAGAGCAGUUAUUGCCAAAAUACUUAUGUUGUACCUGAAACCCAGGAUUGCAGUAAACUAAAACUAAUCUGGCUAACCAUCAAAUCCGGCUUCAUGGUACAGGCCCCGGUUCCAUCAUCUCCCCCUGUUUUGUAAAUACAAUUUAUCGAAGCUUUCUAAAGGUUUUCUGCAGCCUCUGGUGAAUGAUUUGGGUUUGUCCUACAUAUAAAAGCACAUUAAUGCGUGAGUUAUGGGAUGUUUUGUUUCUUUUUCUUGCAUGCUGCAUCAGAUUAACUGCUAUGGGAUUUAUGGACUACCUGAUAUUGUAUGAAACAAUAAAGAUUUAAACUUGACAUUG